AUGAAAUUGAAGGUACUCGCGUCACACUUUAUCCCCCGCUUCGCACAGUUAAGUAAAAAGAGCACCGCCCUUUAUAUAAGAAGCGCAAAUGGACAACCCCUGCACCGUUGCGAAACUAGGGCAUUUAUAUCCUCGAAGGUACUCAUAUCGAGGGAGGAGGACCCUGCUUCGAGCAAGCACAUUAGGGACAAUGUAACGUUGGGCAGUGAUUCAACAGAGUUUGUGGGCGACUGGGGGGAGCAGGCACCCGAAGGGGAUUCACAAACGCAGCACGCACAAGCGCAGCGCACAGAAACGCAACACACAGAAGCGCAACACACACCCCCUGAAGAGACACACACGGUGCGGCCCGAUGGGGGGGCGAGGAACCUCGACGAGCAGGUCCUCAAGGAGCUACACAACUUAAUAAGGUCGAUUCAAAAAUUAGACACAAAGAAGAAGCAACAAAUUGUGAAUUAUAUAAACACGUUAAAUAAAAAAUACUUAAAAAAUGUACAAGGAGAUAUUGUAACCUUCUUUAAAAACCUGGACCAGUACAUGGCGGCGAAUGGUCUCCUCAUGUGUGACCUUGGGGGGGAACAAGUGCUGAGUCACAUCGAGGGGGUGCAUAUGAAUCUUGGAGAGGACUGCAUCCAGGGGUCAGGCACCGACGUGAACAGCCUGUUCGACUUGAACUUUAUUAGAAAGGCGAAACAGGAGUUGUACGGGGAGCACAUAUACCCCAUCGUCCAGGGGGGGAGGAGCGGUUCGCUUAGCGGGCCGCCACACGAAGCGGCCCACGAAGCGCCAAGCGAGGGGCCAAGCGAACGGCUGGACAAGCCGCUAGCCGACGAACCGCCUAACUGUGUCGAGGCGGGGAGCGAACCCCCCGAGGAAGACAUUGUGAACGUGCGCAGGCAAAUGCUAAUAGAGCGGUCCUCAUACCAAAAGGCCAUCGAGGAAGCGGAAGAGUUUGUUUCAAAUCUCCACGACCUGAAGAAAAUAACUGAAAUACGGGGGCUCUGCAAAAUAUACCUCAGUUGGGUAAACGAGCUGGAGAGGAGAAUUGCAAACUACAAGCAAAAGCAGAAGCGGCGAGAUGGAGAAGGUUGUAACGGUGAAGGGAGUACUGGUCAGAUGACCUCCACCACCGCUUCUUUCACGGAGAGUAGUAGGAGGGGGUUACCAGAAUUGGUAGAAGACAAACUGCUUGCCAUCAUUACAGUCAAGUGGACAAUUCAAUACACUUUCAACCCACACAAAAAAAAAUAUGCAAACAGCAUCACCACUCAAUCUAAGAACUUCGAGCAGGGGUAUGCAUACCAAUCACUCUUCACCCACAUCGCUAUUAAAAUCGGCCAGGAAAUUAAUAACGAGAUGAACUUUCAACAGCUCGAGAGGAACAACCUACUGUACCGCUACGUAAAGAAGAACAAAGCCAACGCGUCCUUCUCACACUUUCAAAAGUAUAGAAUACUCUGUGACAUUAGGAAGAAGCUUCAAGGUGGGAAUGCAAAGGGUGAAGAAGUCAUCGCAGGAGUAGUUGAAGAAGGUGCCCCUGAGGAUGUCUCUCGCGACGAUUUCCAACUAGUCCAGUGGAACUCACAGAAGAAGGCCGCAGUCGGAGGGCUCCUGCUCAAAAUGCUCAUGGACAGCGCAAAAAUGGACGUCGACCUGAGUACGGCCAAGGAGGAACACAGGAAUGAGUACAGGUAUUACCUCCUCCUACACAAGAUGGCCAAGGAUAACGGGGAGAACUUGCACGCAGAUUGCAAAUAUGAAAAAGAGUUGAAGUACGAGAAGUACUAUGAGGAAGAGUCCAACUCGCUCGAUUUUGUGGUCCUUGAACGGGGCAAGGGGAGGGGCGCCGAGGAAGGUACAGAGAGGGGAAAACAACGUAGGGGGAAGAAGAAGAAGAAGAAAAAAAAAAAGGCAAAGGAGGAGAAGGAAAGGUGUGGUAAGGAUGAUCAAGGUGGUGAUAACGACAUGGUCAGCAGCGCCAGUAACACCUUGCAGGGAACCAACAGAACGCGCGAAAACAACUUUUGCAAACGACAGAAGGAGAAACUAAAGAACAAGCAGGUAGUGCUAUACCGAUCGAGAAGAGACCCAAACAAGAUAGAGCUCCCAGUGUUUAUCCAUUCAUACAUGUGGAGGAAUGGUAGCUGGUACGGAGUCAUACACAUGCGUGAGUGUUGCGCGAAUUAUCUGUUAAACAACGCUAUAAAUUCGCAUAUCCCCCUGAAUCACCUGCCAAUGAUAAGCAAGCCAAAGAAGUGGACCCAUGCAGAAGGAGGAAUGAUUUUAUUAAAAAAUAAUUUCAUUCGCUGCAAUGUGAAACCCCUGUUCAACAUAGAUGUGUGUAACCUGGAGCGAAUAAAAAACAUAGUGUCUCAAAUAGGAAAUGUGAGAUGGAAAAUAAAUGAAGAAAUUUUACACCUCAUUGAAUAUGCAUACUCGAAUGGACUUACCAUUGGAAAUAUUCCACGCAAACAAAAUUAUGAUCUUCCAAAUGGACCUACCGAUAUGGCCAAGAAAAAUGUCGAGGACAUUAAAAAAUAUUAUUUGUUAAGGGAAGAAAUUAGCAGACUGAAUAAAUGCCUGAUCAGUGAGCGGCCUACCUUUUUACAAAAAAUCGCCGUGGCAAAGACGUUGAAAAAUUGUCCAGUGAUUUAUUUUCCACAUAAUAUUGAUUUCAGGGGGAGGAUGUAUCCGCUGUCACCCCACCUCCACCAUAUGAGUGAUGACAUUUGUCGUAGCUUAAUUACCUUCCGUGAUAAGGAGGAAAUAGGGCCCAGGGGAUUAUUCUGGCUUAAAAUACACCUGGCAAAUAAUUUUGGUAAGGACAAAAUGAAUUUUGAGCAGAGGAUCAGUUGGGUCGAUGCUAAUCUGAGUAAUAUAAAAAGGCUUAGUGAAAACCCAUUUGAACAUAUGGACUUUUGGAACAUGGCCGAGAAACCUUGGCAAGCCCUCUCCGUUGCGAUGGACAUCACCAGAGCCAUGCAAUGUCCUGACCCGUCAAGGUAUAAGAGUAACAUCCCGGUACAGCAGGAUGGUACAUGUAAUGGUCUUCAACAUUAUGCUGCCCUGGGUAGGGACUACGAUGGAGGCAAGGCGGUCAACAUCAUACCAUCUGAUGAACCGCAAGACAUAUACACUGUUGUGUUAGAAAUUGUGAAGAGUAAAAUUAAAGCCGACUUGGAUGGAACAGCUGUUGUGGCCUCCUGUACAGGGAAGGGAGCGGUACGUAGUAGUACUAAUGCUACGUCCACUUCUGUCUCCACGUGCAGAGGAGACCUUGCACAAUACUGCUUCCAAUACGACCUGCUGAAAAGGAAAGUCGUGAAGCAAACCAUCAUGACCAUCUGCUAUGGAGUCACCUCAGUAGGAGCCAAGGAUCAAGUGAAAGGAAAAAUACAAAACAUAAUUAGCAAAGUGUUGGACAAAAAUGUGAUAAACCAAUUGUCACAAUACAUAGCCAAUUACAUCUUCGAAUCGAUUAGCGAAAUUUUUAAAAGAGCAAUGAUCAUAAAGAAAUGGUUUAAUAAUUUAUCUAAGGUGACCAAUGACCUGAACAUCCCCGUCACGUGGUUGUCUCCUAUAGGUCUUCCAUGCGAACAGCCAUACAGAUUAGGACAAAGAAUUUUAGUGAACACUCCUCUACAGUCAGUCAGUGUUAUCUCGUAUCAAAAUAGCUUGCUUCAUAAAAACAAACAGAGACUUGGCUUCCCUCCAAACUUUGUCCACUCCCUAGAUGCUUCUCACCUGAUGAUGACAGCUGAAAAAAUGAUCCUUGAAAAUAAUUUUAGCUUUGCUGCUGUGCAUGACUCCUACUGGGCCCACGCAUGCAAUGUAGACAUAAUGAACAAAUUUAUUCGAGACUCCUUUGUCACUCUGUACGAGGAACCCAUAUUACAAAACCUCUAUCAGAGUUACCAGAUGCGCUUGGGCAAGCACGCCUCCAGGAUACCCGCGCCCCCGGAACAGGGCCACCUCGACGUGUCCCUCGUUCGGAGCAGCCGCUACUUUUUUAGUUGA